UUUACUGCACAUCCGCCAUUCACUCGGCUGUGAGCGUGUGUCGGUGAGACACUUUCAUUCUUCUCUUUCUAGUUUAAAUGCACCUACGAGCCUUCAUCUUCAUCUGUUUCUGAUGUCUUCCCCCUGCAUCACCAUGACUCGUGUCUUCGUCUAUGGCACCCUGAAGAAGGGGCAGCCCAACUACUACCGCAUGUUUGAGAGCGCCAAUGGGAAGGCGGAGUUCCUCGCCUCGGCCUGCACCACCCAGAAAUACCCGCUGGUGAUCGCCGGCAAGAACAACAUCCCAUUCCUCCUCAACAUCCCCGGCCAGGGCCACCGAGUCCACGGAGAGAUCUACAAAGUGGACGACAAGAUGCUUGGAUUCCUGGAUGACUUUGAGGACGUUCCCACCCUGUAUCAGCGGACUCCGAUCAAACUGGAGGUGAAGGAGUGGGUGGGGAAGACGGAGGGUGAGGAGAGGCCGGCAGCAGGCAGCAUCACUGAGGCGUUCCUGUACAGCACCACUACGUACCAGCCAGACUGGCCCUCGCUGCCCUGCUACGAGAACUACGACGCGUAUGGAGAUCACGGGCUCCAGUAUGUGACCAGGGAUGAACGAGACUGAUGGCGCUCGCCGGAAUAAGACGAGAUGAUGCAGAGAAGACGGGAUGCACAAGGUCCUCUACCUCGUUACAAAUCAGCCUCCAUAUUCUGUGACAUAACAAAAAUGAAUCUGUAUCUAGUUUUGACUUGUCAAGUUUAAAUACUUAAUUAUUAAAAGACCUUCUGCAAAGUUGUUAGUUGAUGAGUUACAGUAGUGCAGAAGUACAAUGUUUUUGUCUUUUAAAAAGUAAACAACCUAAAUGAAUAUUCACACUCACAUACUUUUGCUGAUAUAUCAGCUUUUUAAUAAUAAUAGUAAUAAUAAAUGUAAGUUCUAUGUCAAUAUGCAACUUUUUUUUAUUGAUUUAUCGCAUAGUAAAUAGUUUAAAAAGUUUAAAAUGAAUCAUGCCUCUUUUGUAUGUUUUACACUCCAGUUUCUCAGAAGCAUUAAAAUAUUUGUAACACUGCUAAAGGGCACUUUGAUAUUAAAAUUCAUGCCACACCUAAAACAGGUUUGUGUUAAUCUUUCUGUUCACUGCUUGAAUUGAA